UCUUGCGCAUGCGCGUGAUUGAGAAGCAUCUUGGAGCAAUGGCUUUAGAAUCGGCGACCUCUAACGGUAAAAGUGACGAAAACCACCCAGAAGAGUGUAAAGGAUGGUUAUUUAAGAAAACCCACUACACCAGGCGCUGGAAAAUGUUGUGGUUUCAUCUCAAAGAUGGGAAACUCAUUUAUGGUUUAAACGAGGAGUCUGCGGAAAAGGUGAUUGAUUUAGCUGGAGCGAGGAUGGAGGUGCAGGAUGGUGACGGGAGCUUCUGCUGGAGCGUGAGACCUAAAGGCGGGAAACGCGUGUACCUCCUGCGGGCCGCCAACGCAGCGGAGCAGCGGCUCUGGAUGACGGCCAUUCUGGAGACUCAGCUGAUGACUGGAGUGACCUGCUCCAACGCCUGUGUUCUGCAAUAACAACAACAGCAGCGUCUUUUAUACUCUACAUGUUUCUUUCUUAAACGGGCCAAAAAGAACCUCUACUGACGAUUGAGGACACUCAGUCUUUUAUUUUGAUACAAAAUGAAAUGUUUUGAAUUGAUUAUAAGAUGUUUUGUUGCAUUUGUAUUAUUUUUGUGUUUUCUAAAUGAACAUAAGCCAUAACAUAUGUUUUAUUAAAGCACAUUGCUAGUUUUCAGUGCCGAA